AUGACACCAUCAUACUCCCUUCUCUUCCUGCUUGCCGCUACCAUCGCGGCCGUAACUGCCGAGAGCGAAAACGUUCUCGUUCUCACAGAGGUAUUCUAAUUCGAAACUCGUUCCCAGUGGUUGAUUUCUUGGUUUUUAGAGCAACUUCGACGAGGCUAUUAAUGGAAACGAAUACAUUCUGGUAAAAUUCUACGCUCCAUGGUGCGGACACUGCAAGUCGCUCGCCCCGAAAUACGACGAAGCCGCCGAUUUGUUGAAGGAGGAGGGAUCUGACAUCAAACUCGCCAAGGUCGAUGCCACUGAAAAUCAGGCUCUCGGAUCGAAGUACGAGGUCCGCGGAUACCCGACUCUUCUUUACUUCAAGAACGGAAACCCGACCAAGUACACUGGAGGACGCUCCACCGCUCAAAUCGUCGAUUGGGUCAAGAAGAAGGCCGGACCAACUGUCGCCACUGUCGAGUCUGUUGAGCAGCUGGAGGAGCUCAAGAGCAAGCACAGAGUUGUUGUUCUCGGAAACUUCAAGGUAUAUUUUGUGCACGUAUUCAUUCUAAAAAUUAUUUAUUUCAGGACGCCAAGUCUGAGGCUGCCGUCGUCUACAGCAGCGUCGCUGAUUCUGUCGAAGAUGCCUUGUUUGGUCUUACUUCCUCUGCUGACGUCCUUGCUGCCGCUACUCUCACUUCCGAGGGAGUUGCUUUGAUCCGUACUGAUGGAGAUGACUCCGAGACUAGCACCAUCGCAGCCGAGGAUAUCUCUGAUGUCGCCGGACUCAAGCAAUGGAUCCACGGAUACAAGCUUUCUCCAGUCACCGAGUUCACUCAGAAUUCCGCCCAGGAGAUUGUUGGAGGAGACAUUAAGCAGUUCCACUUCCUGAUCAUCAGAAAGUCUGACUCUACCUUCGAUGCCACCAUCAAGACUUUCACCGAGAUUGCCAAGGAGUACCGCACCAAGAUCGUCUUCGUUCUUCUUGAUGUCGACCUUGAGGAGAACCUCAGAAUCCUCGAAUUCCUCGGAGUCGAUGCCAAGAUCACCCCAACCAACAGAAUCGUCAGCCUGGGAGAUCAGGUCGCCAAGUAUAAGCCAGCUGAGGGAGAUGACUACAAGACUUUCACUGAUAGCUACCUCGACGGAAAGGCCACUGAAGACCUCAAGAGCCAGGAUCUUCCAGAGGACUGGGAUGCCCAUCCGGUCAAGACCCUUGUUGCCUCCAACUUCCACGAGUUCGCCCAUGACAAAACCAAGACCGUCUUCAUCAAGUUCUACGCUCCAUGGUGCGGCCACUGCAAGCAGCUCGUGCCAACCUGGGACAAGCUGGCCGAGAAGUUCGAAUCGAACCCGAAUGUCGUCAUUGCCAAGAUGGACGCAACCCUCAACGAGGUAAUUCGUUCACGCAUCCGUACAAGUUCUCAUUCAUAAUUUUUAGCUCGCUGAUGUCAAGGUCAACUCUUUCCCAACUCUCAAGUUGUGGCCAGCUGGAUCCACCGAGCCAGUCGACUACGAUGGAGACCGUGAUCUCGAGAAGUUCGCCGAGUUUGUCAGCAAAUACGCCACCGAAUCCGAAGCCACGGAAACCGCAUCUCAGGACCACGAAGAGCUUUAA